CCUCCCCGUUGCGGCUGUCACCGGCUUUGCAUCAUGGUCGGAAGCGCGGCCGCUUUUCCCUUGGCUUGGAGGGAGUCCGUGUUUUGUGGACGCUGGACGGACGCGUUCCCGGGAAGCAGGCGCCGGGCGGAGGAGCCCUGAGCGCUGCCUUCAGCGAGACGCUGCCCACAGAGUGAUGCUCUUACCAUGAAAAGGUGCUGUGAGGGCGUGGGGCUGCCAUGCCUCUUUAAGGGCGUCGGCAUGGCCGGGGCCCGGCCGCCCCGGUUCCUCCUGGUCUUUGACUUCGACGAGACCAUCAUCAACGAGAACAGCGACGAGUCCAUCGUGCGCGCGGCGCCGGGGCAGGCGCUCCCGGACCACAUCCGCCAGACCUUCCGCGAGGGCUCCUACAACGAGUACAUGCAGCGGGUCCUGGCCUACCUGGGGGACCAGGGCGUCAAGAUGGGCGCCUUCAAGAGCGUGUACGAGAGCAUCCCGCUGUCCCCCGGCGUGCCAGACCUCUUCCAGUUCCUCUCCAAGCACCACGAGCUCUUCGAGGUCAUCCUCAUCUCCGACGCCAACAUGUUCGGCAUCGAAUGCGCCCUGAAGGCAGCCGGGUUCUACUCCCUCUUCCGCAAGGUCUUCAGCAACCCGGCCAGCUUCGACAAGAGGGGGUACCUCACCCUGGGGCCCUACCACAGCCACAAGUGCCUUGACUGCCCGGCCAACAUGUGCAAGCGCAAGAUCCUGACCGAAUACCUGGCGGAGAGAGCCCAGGAGGAGCUGGAGUUCGAGAGGGUUUUCUACGUCGGAGAUGGUGCCAAUGACUUCUGCCCUGCCGCCGCUCUGACCGCCGCGGACGUGGCCUUCCCACGGAAGGGCUUCCCCAUGCACCGGCUCACCCAGGAGAUGGAGAAGAAGCAGCCGGGAGCCUUCCAGGCCACCGUUGUCCCGUGGGAAUCAGCUGCGGAGGUCGCCCGCUACCUGCAGGAGCUCCUCAAGAAGUGCUGAUGGCUCGGGGGGGAUCUGGGCGCUAGGAGAGGAUGGGAGAGGAGAUGCUGGGGGGGGGUCGGGUCACCCCGUGGACCCCCCACUCAUCGGCACCGCUCGCUUGGCCCCGCUCCUGGGCUCCUUUCCUCUCCAGCUCCUUCCUCCCCGCUGAUACAAGCACUUUCUCCAGGUCCCCCUUCCCCUGCCCCAUGGAGGUGAAGCCUUCUCUAUGCACUUGGUGUUUGCCAACACUAAAGGUGAUUUGGGGGGGGGGGGGGGCUUGGUUUUCUUCCCUUCCCCUUUUGACUUCACAAGAGCAGUUCCCAAAGGACCAGGCUGGGCCCUCCCCACGGCUGGGCCCUGCACGUGCUUCCUCGCGCCUUCAUCCUCCUCAGCCGCCCGGCCUGGCCAUGAGCUGCCUGCUGCUGCCUUCAUCCCGAUGCCCCAGGGCUCUUUGCCUCUUCACGAGGCCGCUGGAAAUGGAACCCAGGGAAUCUGAGCUGCCCGAGCUCCCCCUCUGCAUCCCAGCCCCGCUCCUGGGCCUGGCGAUGGAGCCAUCGUCCCUUGGGAUUGAUUCCCU